UCGAACACCGAGGCCAGCUGGUACAUGGAGGAGACCCGUCUGGAGGGAAGUGUCAAGUACCGCAUGGAUGAGCAGGGUACCCUGCGCCGCCUCACUAUUCACAAUGUCACCACCAAUGACGAUGCUGUCUACAUCUGUGAGAUGAAGGAAGGCAGCCGCACUGUGGCAGAACUUACAGUACUGGGCAACAUCACUAAGAAGCUGCCAAGGAGGACAGUGGUGCCGGUUAGCGAUACUGUGAUCUUCUGUGUGGAACUGGAGCAACCCGUAAGUGAUGCAUACUGGACAAGAAAUGGGGAGAGGCUAAAGGAGGAAUCCCGGAUUAUCAUCGCCCACAUAAACAGACAGUAUACCCUCACUAUUCGAGAAUGUACUGCCGAGGACUCGGGCGAAGUGGCCUUCAUCGCUGGUGACUGCAAGACCUCGACUCGCUUCUCUGUCACUGCUCCAAGGAAACAUCCCCCAGAUCCCCCAGUUGAGCCAACGGUGCGGAACAAGACAGAGUCCUCGAUCACACUGUGCUGGUCACCGCCAGACAGUGAGCGCCCUGUGCCCAUCACUGGCUACAUUGUUGAGCGUAGGAAGGUGGGAACCCAAACCUGGGUGAAAGUCACAAGUACGACUGUAUCUAGCACCGAAUACACCAUCAGUGACAUCCCUGAGGAGGCGAGCUACCAGUUCCGUAUCUCAGCGGUCAAUGAUUUUGGUCAGAGUUCCUACUUGGAGAUCCCUGGAACGUUCUACCUUGAGCCCACAGCAUCAAUGAAGUCAGGCCUGGUGAGCUGCAGUGCACAUGCUGGUGAAGAAGCCACCUUCAUCGUGGAGCUCUCCGCUGUAUGCUCGGGCUCCUGGGCUAUAAAUGACCGAAUGAUCCGUAGUGGAUCCGAAUACCUGAUCACGCGCUCAAAGACCAUACACAAGCUAGUCAUCAGGGAGGUGUCGAUGGCGCAGGAUGGGGUACAGGUCAAGUUUGUGGGUGGCGGAUCUCAGAGUGUUUGCACGCUCAGUGUGAAGGCCGCUCUUGCACGUUUCACCAGUAAGUCUUCUCAGGUGGAGGUGUUUACAUUCAGCACACAUUCCUCUGCACAGAUACAUACUGAAGUGUCCAACCCAAGUGUCCAGGUGGUCUGGAUGAAGAACGGGAAGGAACUGAGAAUGGGUAAAAAAUAUGAAGCAACAAGUGUGGAAAGAAAACGCAUACUUACAGUCCACAACGUUACCCAUGAGGACGUCGGCAUCUAUGAGUGCACGUGUGACGGCGAUAAAAUGUCUCUUCAACUUGCCCUUAAAGAAGAAUCAGCUAAGUUUGUUGGCAAGCCACGGGCUCAGCCCCAGGAGAGUGAUGCUCUGAUGGGUGACGUGGUGUUGAGCUGUGAAGUCGCUUCUCCUGGAACCACUGUCGUGUGGAAGAAAGAACAGAUAGAAAUCAUAGAGGACAAGAGGACUACCUUUGUGUCUCAGGGGACACAAAGGAAGCUGGUCAUCAAGGGUGCCAAACAGAGCGAUGAAGGACACUACUCAUGUGAGACAGCAGAGGACAAGGUGACAUUCCUGGUCAAGAUAAAAGAAACUCAGGUUAUUUUCACAAACAAAGACUCCUAUCAGAAGGAAGUGAAGGUUUCCACUUCCCAGAAAGCCACAUUGAGCUGCGAAGUUUCUGACAGCAAGACUGAAGUAAAAUGGUUCAAGGAUGGCAAGCAGCUGUUCUCCAGUAAGAGUGUCCACAUGGAGUCAAAGGGCAAGAACCGUCAGCUUAUCCUGGAGAAUGUGGAGAAGAAGGAUGCUGGGGAAUACAUCUGUGAAGUCGGAAAUGAUAAGCUGCUCUUUAAGAUUCAGGUGGAAGACACUAAAGCUGCCUUCACCAACAAGGAAUCUUAUCAGAAGGAAGUCAAAGUAUCAGCUUCUCAGAAAGCCACACUGAGCUGCGAAGUUUCUGAUGCCAAAACUGAGGUGAAAUGGUUCAAGGAAGGCAAGCAGUUGAGCUCCAGUAAGAGUGUCCACAUGGAGUCAAAGGGGAAGAACCGUCAGCUGGUGCUGGAGAAUGUGGAGAAGAAGGAUGCUGGAGAAUACACCUGUGAAGCUGGAAAUGAUAAAUUGGUCUUUAAGAUUCAAGUAGCAGAAACUCAAGCUGCCUUCACCAACAAGGACUCUUAUCAGAAGGAAGUCAAAGUAUCAGCUUCCCAGAAAGCCACACUGAGCUGCGAAGUUUCUGAUGCCAAAACUGAGGUGAAAUGGUUCAAGGAUGGCAAGCAGUUGAGCUCCAGUAAGAGUGUCCACAUGGAGUCAAAGGGCAAGAACCGUCAGCUUAUCCUGGAGAAUGUGGAGAAGAAGGAUGCUGGAGAAUUCAUCUGUGAAGUCGGAAAUGAUAAGCUGCUCUUUAAAAUUCAGGUGGAAGACAUUCAAGCUGCCUUCACCAACAAGGAAUCUUAUCAGAAGGAAGUCAAAGUAUCAGCUUCUCAGAAAGCCACACUGAGCUGCGAAGUUUCUGAUGCCAAAACUGAGGUGAAAUGGUUCAAGGAAGGCAAGCAGUUGAGCUCCAGUAAGAGUGUCCACAUGGAGUCAAAGGGGAAGAACCGUCAGCUGGUGCUGGAGAAUGUGGAGAAGAAGGAUGUUGGAGAAUACACCUGUGAAGCUGGAAAUGAUAAAUUGGUCUUUAAGAUUCAAGUAGCAGAAACUCAAGCUGCCUUCACCAACAAGGACUCUUAUCAGAAGGAAGUCAAAGUAUCAGCUUCUCAGAAAGCCACACUGAGCUGCGAAGUUUCUGAUGCCAAAACUGAGGUGAAAUGGUUCAAGGAUGGCAAGCAGCUGAUCUCCAGUAAGAGUGUCCACAUGGAGUCAAAGGGCAAGAACCGUCAGCUGGUGCUGGAGAAUGUGGAGAAGAAGGAUACUGGAGAAUACACAUGUGAAGCUGGAAAUGAGAAACUGGUCUUUAAGAUUCAGAUAGCAGAAACUCAAGCUGCCUUCACCAACAAGGACUCUUAUCAGAAGGAAGUCAAAGUAUCAGCUUCCCAGAAAGCCACACUGAGCUGCGAAGUUUCUGAUGCCAAAACUGAGGUGAAAUGGUUCAAGGAUGGCAAGCAGCUGAUCUCCAGUAAGAGUGUCCACAUGGAGUCAAAGGGCAAGAGCCGUCAGCUUAUCCUGGAGAAUGUGGAGAAGAAGGAUGCUGGAGAAUACACAUGUGAAGCUGGAAAUGAGAAACUGGUCUUUAAGAUUCAGAUAGCAGAAACUCAAGCUGCCUUCACCAACAUGGACUCUUAUCAGAAGGAAGUCAAAGUAUCAGCUUCUCAGAAAGCCACACUGAGCUGCGAAGUCUCUGAUGCCAAAACUGAGGUGAAAUGGUUCAAGGAUGGCAAGCAGCUGAUCUCCAAUAAGAGUGUCCACAUGGAGUCAAAGGGCAAGAACCGUCAGCUGGUGCUGGAGAAUGUGGAGAAGAAGGAUGUUGGAGAAUACACCUGUGAAGCUGGAAGUGAGAAACUGGUCUACAAGAUUCAGGUGACAGAUGUUCAAGCUGCCUUUUCCAACAAAGAUUCCUAUCAAAAGGAGGUCAAAGUAUCAGCAUCCCAGAAAGCCACAUUGAGCUGUGAUGUUUCUGACAUCAAGACUGAAGUGAAAUGGUUCAAGGAUGGCAAGCAGUUGAGCUCCAGUAAGAGUGUCCACAUGGAUUCAAAGGGCAAGAGCCGUCAGCUUAUCCUGGAGAAUGUGGAGAAGAAGGAUGCUGGAGAAUACACAUGUGAGGCAGGAAAUGAGAAGCUGGUCUUUAAGAUUCAGGUGGAAGAGCCAAAAGCUGCCUUUACCAACAAGGACUCCUAUCAGAAGGAAGUGAAGGUUUCAAAGUCCCAGAAAGCCACACUCAGCCUUGAAGUUUCUGACAGCAAGACUGAAGUAAAAUGGUUCAAGGAUGGCAAGCAGUUGAGCUCCAGUAAGAGUGUCCACAUGGAGACAAAGGGCAAGAGCCGUCAGCUGGUGUUGGAGAAUGUGGAGAAGAAGGAUGCUGGAGAAUACACCUGUGAAGCAGGACAUGAGAAGCUGCUCUUUAAGAUUCAAGUUGAAGAUGUUGCUGCUAAAUUCCAGAAGACAUCAUUGACCAAAGAAACUGUGGUGGUUGAGACAACAGAGAAGAUCGUUUUGAAAACCGAGGUGACUUCAGAGAGUUGUAAUGUGAAGUGGUUCAGGGAUGGAGAGGAACUGAAAGAAGGAUUAAAGUAUGAGAUGAAACAGGAAGGUCGCGCACGUGUCCUUGUCGUGAAGUCCUCCGAUUCCAAAGACACUGGCACUUACUCCUGCCAGACGGCUGAAGACAAGGUUGAGUUUAAGGUUCAAGUCAAAGAAGCACCUUUGAAAUUUGUGGUGCCAUUGCAGCCAGUGUCUGCAGUAUUAGAGAGCACCAUGACCCUUUCCUGCAGCCUCAACAAAGCAACAGGUAACGUCCUUUGGAAGCAUAAUGGUAAGGAAAUCAAACUUGGUGGCAGAUACAACAUCCGGACUGAUGGCAUCAGCUGCAUCUUGACUGUGUCUGCUGUGGCUCAGGAGGAUGAAGGGGAGUACAGCUGUGAAUGCAAAGAUGACAAGACCUCCACCAAAGUCACCACUAAAGCCCCACGUCUGGUGAGGUUCACUUCCAAACUGAGCAAUGUUGUUGCAAACGAAGGCAAAGAUGCCAUCUUCAAAUGCUCCAUUACUCCAAAUGAUGUAAAUGUCAUAUGGCUAUGUAAAGAUGGUCCCAUAACAGCCAGUCCCAAAUUUAAGAUCGCUCACGGUGGAAGUAGCCACUCCCUUACCAUCACAGCGGUCACUCAAGAGGAUGCAGGAGAGAUCAGUAUUGAUGCUGAAGGGAAAGUGUGCAAAGCCACACUGCAAGUACAACAACUUCCUGUAACCUUCAAGAAGAAGCUUGCAGAUAUGACUGUGCAUGAGAAGGACACAGUUCGGUUGGAAAUUGAGCUCAGCAAACCUUCAUCAGAUCUGAAAUGGAUGAAGAACAGUGUGGUACUACAGCCAGGAGGAAACCUGGAGUUCCAAGUGGAUGGUGCCAAGCACACUCUGGUCCUGAACAGUGUGACACAUAGUGACAGAGGCUACUACUCCUGUGAAACCCUGGAUGACAAGACCCAGGCCAAACUGACAGUUGAGAUUAAGAAAGUCCAGGUGGUAAAAGGCCUUAAAGAGGUUAAAGUACAAGAAAAGGAGACCGUCACUAUGGAGGUGGAGCUCAGUAAGACUGAUGUAGAAGGUUCCUGGAGCAAAGAUGGCAAGAAACUGAAAGCAGGACCAACUAUCCUCAUUACAGCACUGGGAAAUACACAUUGCUUGACUAUGAACCAGUUGAAGUUAAGUGAUGGUGGAACUAUAACCUUUCAGGCUGAUGAUGUCCAUACAACUGGCAAACUCAUUGUUACAGAGCCUGCUGUGAAGAUCCUAAAAUCUCUACAAGAUAUUAGCACUCCUGAAAAAGAGAAAGUCACUUUUGAAUGUGAGGUGUCAAGAGCAAAUGCUGAUGUCAAGUGGUUUAAGGAUGAUGAGGAACUGAAACCAGGAAAGAAAUUUGGCAUCCAUUCCCAGGGAAGCAAGCGCAGCCUCCUCAUCCAUAAGUGUGCCUAUGAGGACCAGGGCCAGUUUAUAUGCAGAACAACAGAUGACAACACGUCAGCCAAGCUCACUGUUCAUGCCAGAGAUAUUAAGAUUGUGAAGGCCCUUCAGGACAUAGAGGUGACAGAGAAGGAGAGCGCAGCAUUUGUCUGUGAGGUCUCUCACGAUGAAGUAGAGGUUCAGUGGCACAAAGGGGACAUCAAGCUCAGAGCCGGAGACAACAUCAAGUUGAGGCAGGAGGGAAGAACAUACGUUUUGCUCUUCAAAUCAGUGAAGGCUGAGGAUGCAGGUGAAGUCAAGUUCACAGCUGAGAAGGCGACAUCAACUGCUAAACUAAAGGUUAAAGAGCUACCUGUCAAAUUUGUGAAGAAACUGAGAGACAAAAUCGCCAUGUACAAACACCGUGCGCACUUAGAGUGUCAGGUGUCACGGUCCAGUGCUAUAGUCACAUGGUACAAGAACAAGACAGAGAUCAAACCCAGCGAGAAACACGAGAUCACCAGUGAGGACAUCUACAGGAAGCUCACCAUAACUGACGUGGACUCUGAGGAUGAGGACACAUACUUGUGUGACGCCAUUGAUGAUAAGACAUCAUGUCAACUACUAGUAGAGGAACAAGCUAUCGGUAUAGUUCGGGAGCUGAGUUCUGUGGAGGUUACGGAGCCAUUUGCUGCUCACUUUGAAGUUGAAGUCAGCGUGGAGACAGUCAAGCCAGUGAAGUGGACUCUGAAUGGGGAACAGCUGAAAGAGAGUGCAGAUAUCGAGAUGGAGAAAGAGGGGACCAUGCACCGCCUCACAUUUAAGAAUACCAAGGCCUCAAUGUCAGGCCCUGUACAAUUCACUGCCGGAAAGAGCAAAUCUACUGCCGAACUUAAAGUGAAAGAGCGUCCAAUUGAAGUACUAGAGCCACUGAAGGAUGUCACAGCCAAGGAGAAGACCUCCACCACACUGUGCUGCAAGUUCUCCACCCCACCAAAAGAAGUGCACUGGUUUAAGGGUCAAACUGCUUUGGAGGCUUCUAGCAAGUACAGCAUGAAGCAAAAGGACGUCAUCGUGCAGCUGACCAUCCAGGCCCUGAGCACAGAGGACUCUGGGGAGUAUCGCUGUCAGGUUGGAGACUGUGAAAGCAAAGCCAAUCUCAAAAUAGAAGUACGUAAAAUUCAGAUCACCAAGCACCUGGCAGAUGUGGAGGUAGAUGAAGACGGCAAUGCUUUGUUCACCUGUGAGGUUAACUAUGCUGAUGAAGAGGUCCAGUGGAUACUCAAUGACAAGCCGCUCUUCAACAAUGAGGUCAAUGCCAUCACCCAUGUGGAUAAGACGCAUACACUCACCCUCAAGAAUUUGGCACCAGAGGAUGGUGGGAAGGUUUCAUUCAGCAUUAGGGAUGUGAAAGAAACAGUCUGCUUGAAGGUCAAAGAGAAGAAGGCUGUCUUCCUGAAGUUGCUGGAUGAUAUGGUCGCAGAGGAGAAAGGUUCAAUUACCCUAAAAUGUGAAGCCUCAAAGCCCAGGGUGGCUCCUGUGUGGCGCAAAGAUGGUACUGUCCUGGCAGCAGGCAAAAAGUAUGAGCUCCUCCAUGACGGAAAGUCCUUGGGACUGACUAUCCAUGACAUCAUGCAAGCUGACGCUGGGGAGUACAGCUGCGAUCUUGGCACAGACCUUGCCAAGUCCAAGGUCACUGUUAGAGAUAUCCACAUUGGAAUCACCAAGCGUCUUAAGUCUGUAGAAGCCAAGGCAGGUGAAAACUGCACAUUUGAGUGUAUCCUGUCCCGGGAAAGCUCAGAUGAGUGUGUCUGGACCCUUAAAGGUCAGCCUGUCACUGCUGGAGGCCGUUUCCAGAUAAGCAGCAAAGGGCGCAAGUAUACAUUAAUGAUCAGUGGAGUCUCAGCUUCUGACUCUGGUGAGGUGGUCUUCUCUCACAAGGACUUGAGCUCAAAGGCAAUGCUGUCUGUUGAGGGUGAAGCUCCUUUCGUAUCCAAAGAGCUUCAAGAUGUCAGUGCCAAAGUUGGUGAAGAUGCCACAUUCUGCUGUGAGCUCUCUCAAGCUGGACUGAAUGUGAAGUGGUCCAAGGAUGGCAAGUCUAUCAGGAAGAGCCAGAAAUAUGAAAUCAACCAGGUGCAGACACUUGUGAAUCUAACUGUCCACAAUGUCACUGACAAAGACUCUGGAGAAUACAGCUGUGAAGUUACUGGUGGUCCAACCUCAAAGGCUAAACUUGAGAUCAAAGAACUUGUCAACAAAUUCAUUCGUGAGAUAAAGGAUGCCACUGCGGAAGAGAAAGGUGCUGUCUCCUUUGAAUGUGAGACUGCUCAACCUGCCUCUAAGGUCACCUGGAUGAAAGGUACGAAGGAGAUCAAGGCAGGAGGGAGGUAUGAAUUGACACAGAUGGGAAACGUCCUCAUCCUCACAGUGAAGGAUCUGGAAAAUAGUGACAGUGAGGUAUACACCUGUGACAUUGGCUCUACGAAGAGUACAGCAAAGUUGAUGGUGAAAGUGGUUCCUGCCAAGUUCAAAGAGCAGCUGAAGAACCAGCAGGUUACAGAGGGAGGGAAAAUUAUACUUUCCUGUGAGAUUUCAAAACCUGGCUACCAGGUGAAUUGGAAGAAGGGAACUGAAAGUCUUAAAUCUGGGGGAAGAUAUCAGAUGAAGCAGAAGGACACCACAUUUGAGCUACAAAUCUCAGACUUAGUGCCUGAGGAUAGUGGCGAAUAUUCCUGUGAAUUUGGAGACCAGAGGACAACAGCAAACAUUGUUGUAAAUGAAUUACCUGUGGUCUUCAAACGUGAGUUACAGAGCCAAGAUUGUGAAGAAGGAGACAAUGUUACACUGCACUGUGAACUCUCGAAACCUGUUCCUGUUGUUUGGAAGAAAGGGACACAAGCGAUCCAUUCUGGGGAAAAGUUCCUCAUCAAGCAAGUUGGACUAACUGUUGAGCUGAAGAUCACUGAUCUCAAGCCUGAAGAUGCUGGCCAAUACACAUGUUUGUGUGGGGACAAAAAGACCUCAGCAAACAUUAAGAUAAAGGCAUUACCACUAAUCUUCAAACGAGAACUGGAGAACCAGGAGUGUGAAGAAGGGAACAGUUUAAGUCUUCAUUGUGAGCUCUCCAAACCUGGAGUUCCAGUGGUUUGGAGGAAAGGAACACAAGUGAUCCAUUCUGGACAAAAGUACCACAUUGAGCAAGUUGGAUCUAAUUUAGAGCUGAACAUCACUAAUCUCAAACCUGAAGAUGCUGGAGUCUAUAGUUGUGAUUGUGGCUUUAACAAGACUUCAUCUACCAUUAAAGUCAAUGCAUUGCCAGUGGUCUUCACAAAUGAGCUACAGAACCUGGAGUGUGACGAAGGAGGCAGUGCUACACUGUCCUGCGAGCUUUCCAAACCUGGUGUCCCUGUGCAAUGGAAAAGAGGAAACCAGAUCAUCCAGUCUGGGGGGAGGUACAUAAUCAAGCAGACUGCCUCAAAGGUAGAGCUGAAGAUCACUGAUCUGAAAGCUGAAGAUGAAGGAGACUACACAUGUGUAUGUGGGGACAAGAAAACCACAGCCAAUAUGAAGAUCAAGGAACCUGAAAUCAUGAUCUUAACUGGUUUGAAGAGCUGCAUUGUCAAUGAAGGUGAGGACGUCCAUUUUGAAUGCCUUGUCUCUCAUGACAAUGCACCCAUUGUUCAGUGGACGCUUCAAGACGUCCCACUUCAGAACAAUGAGAUGAAUGAAAUCCAAGCAGAGGGCAAAAGGCACACGCUCACACUAAGAUGUGUCACCCAGAAAGACUCGGGCACGGUGUCCUUCCAUGUCGGUGCCCACACUUCUUUCGCUUGUCUUACUGUCAAAGCAAUCCCAGUGCUAUCAUUUGCAAAGGAGUUGACAAGCCAAGAAGUCACCGAGGGGGAAGAUGCCUCAUUAAGUUGCGAGACCUCCAUCACUGAUGACAAUGUGAUCUGGAAGAAGGGCACACAAGUCCUAUCUAAUGGAAAGAAGUAUUAUAUAAAGAGGGAUGGCACAAUACAAAUUUUGGUGGUCCAUAAGAUAUCAGUGGAAGAUGGUGGAGAGUACAUAUGUGAAGCAGGACACAAACAAAGCAAAGCCACACUGACCGUCAAAGAAUGUGUAAAAAUCACACAAGAAUUAAAGGAUGUGACUGUGAUAACGGGUGAGGAUGCUAUCUUCCAGUGUGAAGUGUCUUGUACAGGGGUUACGAAUGUCGAAUGGUGGCUCGGCUCCAACCACCUUCAAAACAAUGACUUGAAUCAGAUCAGCUGCCAAGGGAGAGAACAUAGCCUUGUGCUGAAAAUGGUCACACCCGAUGAUUCAGGUGAUGUAGCCUUUGUGGUUGGCCAUGAGAAGAGCAUUGCCUACUUGAUGGUGCAGGAGAAACCGAAAGUCGUAUUUUUAGAGAAGCCUCUGGACAUAACUGCCAAAGAAGGUCAAACAGUGACACUGUCCUGCAUGACUUCCGACCCUGAGGCCUCUGUUCAAUGGUACAGAGAUGAGAAGAUGAUAAAUGCAGGGUGCAGGUAUCUGCUCUACAAGGACAGAGCUGUCCACCAGCUCCGUAUUCUUAGGGUGGAAGAAGGGGAUGCAGGACUUUAUUCAUGCAAAACCAAAGAUGCAGAAAGCUGCGCCACCAUUACUGUAAAAGGGCUACCUGCUUUCUUCUGCAAGGAGUUAGAGAACCAGAAGGCAACUGAGGGAGAUAGUAUCAUCUUGCGCUGUGAACUCUCCAAGCUGGGUGUAAGUGUAGAGUGGAGAAAGGGUGGAGUGGUGCUCCAACACAGUAGAAAAUAUGAGAUGAAACAGGACGGAUGUGUACUGGAGCUCCAUAUUCAUGAUUUGGAACCAGAAGACAAUGGCUACUACACGUGUGAUGCUGGAACUCAGUUGACCACAGCAUCAGUCACAGUGCAAGAGACUGAGGUCUUCAUAGUGUUGGGUAUAAAGAACACAGAUGUGUUUGUGGGCGAACAGGCAAUUUUCUCCUGCCAGCUCUCUCGCCGUGCCAAAGACAGAGUUCAGUGGUGGCUAGAUGGCACUCGUUUGGAAAACAGUACCUUCAGUGAAAUAAGUGUUAAUGAAGAUCACCUCCACACCAUCAUCCUAAGGAACCUUUCACCCAAUGACUCAGGCACAGUCCUGUUUAAAACAGGUGGCCUGACAUCCUCCGCCAAGCUGUUAGUUAAAGAUCCCAAUGUGGAGGUGGUCAGUGCCAUGGAGGACCAACAUGUAGGAGAGAACCAGCCUGCAGAGUUCAUCUGUCAGUAUUCCAGGCCAGUCAAGGCUAUCUGGAAGCAUAACGGCAUACCUGUACAAGCAGAUGGUCGCAGGGUAAUAGUGGAACAGGACUGGACUGUUGCACGUUUGUACAUUAGCUGUGUGGAGCCCCAGGAUGGGGGAAAGUACUCCUGUGAGGCAGAAGGAACCUCUGUUGUGGCGCACCUAAGGGUGCAAGCGAAACCCAUUGAGAUUCUCCAAGAGCUAAGUAACGUGGAGACCAUUAAUGGUGGGGAAGCCCUUUUUGAAUGCUCCCUUUCUCGUCCUGAAAUGAAAGACUGCCGUUGGCUAAUCGAUGGCAAGCCUCUGAAGGAGUCUGAAAAUGUGGAGAUAGUUUCCUUUGAGAGUGGUUGGCGGCAUCUUCUGCUUCUAAAGGACUUGCAUCCUUGUGAAAACACAAGGGUUACAUUCCAAGCGGGUACAGCAUCAACUACUGCCCUUCUGUCUGUCAAAGCCUGGCAACUGGAAGUUGUUAAGCCUUUAGAAGACAAGACAGCUAUUGCAGGAGAGCAAGUGGAGUUCACUUGUGUUUUGAAUGAAGCUGUGCCAGAGAAUGAGGUGACAUGGUAUGCUAACAGUGUUGAACUUCAACAAGAUGACCACUGGAUAAUAAGAACCAAUGGCUCUUCAUACAGCCUCAUCUUGAAGAAAGUCAAAGCUCAGCCCACACAGGAAAUCACUUUUGCAGCUCGGGAUGCCUUAUCAAUGGCCAGACUCAUAACAAUUACUGUGCCAGAUCCCCCAGAAGACCCAGAGGUUGUCAAUAAAGGAACAACGUUUGUCACCCUGUCUUGGUUCACACCUCUCAAUGAUGGGGGAAGCCCAAUCCUGGGUUACCGUGUGGAGAUGCGUCUAGUAGACAGUAUCCUUUGGCUGCCUUGCCACACAGAACCAGUGUGCAAUACUGAAUUUCUUGUGGAGAACCUCAUCCCUGGGGCAGGUUACAGGUUCAGAGUGGCAGCCAUGAACCAAGCUGGCAUUGGAGAGCCUGUCCAUCUUCCUCAAACUGUGACGCUCGAUGUACCAAUGACCGUGACCAAAACUUUAAGCAGCUCUGAGCUCCAAAAAGGAAAGAUGGUGCGUUUGGAAUGUGAGCUUUCUGCAGAGAGUAAAUCAGUCACAUGGUUAAAGGACAACAGAGAGAUAGAAGUUGGGGUCAAAUACCAAGAAGUAACAGAGGGCAAGAGCCAAGUUUUGCUCAUAAAGGAUUUCCAGUCUACAGACCAGGGUGUCUAUUCUUGUGUAGCCUCAGAGAAGGCAGAGACUUCAGUAAGCCUCAACCUCGAAGGAGAUGGCACGACACUUUCUCAGGACAUGGGCAGUCAACCCAAACUGCCUUCUGAGGCAGCCUCUGAAGGAGAUUUGCAUGCUCUCUGGGAAGCAGUGGCCAAAAAACGAAGAAUGAGCCGGGAGCCCACAUUAGAUUCAAUCUCGGAGUUGCCAGAAGAAGAUGGAAAAGAGAAGGCACAAAGCUUGGAGGGCAAAGUAUCUGAAAAGGAAGUGAAAGAGAAAGAUAGACUUGUUGAACCAGCUCCCAAAAUCACAACAGAGCCAAAUCUAUACACCAGCUCUGAUGAAGAAUCUCUCAGUGGGACAAGUCUGGUGUCUUACCUUAAGAAAAGCAGCAAGUCCUCCCUUAAUGUGGAAAGUCAGACUGAGACCAUCGCCUCCAAGAAAAUGUAUGAGCACUUCCAGAUGACUGAGCAGUCAGUUACAAAGAAAGCUGCGGAGCCUCUCAUGGAGGAUGGUAAAGGGGAUGACUUGCUGGAGGCUGCUGUCAAAAUUCAGGAGGUCUUUAAAGGUUAUAAGGCCAGGAAGGAUAUGCGGCUAGUCUUCAAAGAAGUAUUCAAGGAUCAGACUAAGGAGCCCAAUGGGACAAUUCAUCUAGAGUGCAUUGUGGAAGGAAAGCCAGAGAAGGUUCGCUGGCUGAAGGAUGGUGAACCCUUAACAGAUGGCAAGCACCACCAUAUAGACAUCUACAAUGAUGGCACCUGCUCAUUAGUGGUGACUGCUGCAACAAUCAAAGAUACGGGUGUCUAUACUUGUGAGGUCACCAACAAGUUUGGCGUUACCACCCAUAGUGGGAAAGUCACUGUAGGGUCACUGCGAGAAUCUUCUGGAAGACGACCUCUUACUUUGGGUUACAGUGCAGAUAGUGAAGCUGAGAGUUCCUCAGGAAGUGAGAUGGAUGAGUCCCUGCGACAGGCGAGCAAGAGAUUACGGCGACUUCUGCGUACCCGCCUUCCUCCAGAUCUAGAAGAGGAACCUUUUGUGAGUGCUGAUGAAGGAGAUUUAUCACCACCAAAUCUACAGUCGUACCGGGAAGACGAUCAGUAUAUCUACAUUCGCUUAGAUAACCAUGCUGAAGCCCAAGUGGCUUCCCAGCGCUUUCAGGAAAUGUUUACCCAUCAAGGAGUGCCCAUCGAAACCACCAUAAUAGAAGCAGGUGCUAAGGUAGAACUACGGAUCACAAAGAUGGGCGUUGACCAAGACGGUUCCCAAACCCCAACUCAGGACAGACCAAUGCCUGCUUUCCUGACCGGAGUCCCUGCGGCCCCAGUCUUCCUGACAGAGCUCCGUAGCCAGGACGUUCCUGAUGGAUUUCCUGUCAGCUUCGACUGUGUGAUCAUCAGCACGCCCCAUCCCACUGUGCGAUGGUUCAAGGAUGGGAAGCUGCUGGAGGAGAAUGACCACUACAUGAUCAAUGAAGACUUAGAGGGCCAUCACCAGUUGAUCAUAACAGCUGUGCUCCCUAUGGAUAUGGGCGUGUACCGAUGCAUGGCUGAAAAUGACAGUGGCAUCGCCUCCAGCAAGGCUGAGCUGAGGGUGGACAUGUCAUGUAGCUCAGACUAUGAUACAGCAGCUGAUGCCACAGAGACAUCUUCCUAUGUCAGUGCUAAAGGCUAUGUUUCUAGCUCAGAGCAAAGGGACACAGAAGCUUUUGAAUCAGUGGCUGAGGACGAGCAGCUUCCUCAGGUUGUGGAUGAGUUACAUGAUCUUUUCCUUAGUCCUGGAGCACCCAUUGCCAAAAUGAGCGUUAGGGUCAAAGGAUUUCCCACACCAAGGGUUUACUGGUUUAAAGAUGGGAUUCCACUUCAAGCAUCCAGCAGACUUUUAUUGAUGACCGAGCGAGAUCAGCACAGUCUUGAGAUUUUGGACGUUAACCGUGAAGACACUGGAGAAUAUUCAGCAUACAUCAGCAACAUUGCUGGCUCCGCGUACUCUUCGGCACGACUGAAUGUACUGGGUCCUGGAGAGCGCCCAGUCUCUGCAAGGGGAAGAAUUAAAGAUUUAAAGGUGCCACUUGUUCCACCACGCUUCCUGGAGAGGUUCAGCAACAAGAAGGUGAAACAGGGAGCAAGUAUAACGUUAUCAGUCAAAGUGGAAGGGUCCCCAACCCCAUCUGUGAACUGGUUAAAGGAGGUGUCAGAUAAGGAUGUUUUGUGGAUCAAGGCAGACACACCAGGCUACAAGGUGGCCAGUUCUGGCCGUCAGCAUAGUCUAAUUCUCAUGGAAGUGGGAAAAGAGCAUAGCGGCAUGUAUACCUGCAUUGCCACUAACCCUGCUGGACAGUCGGUCAACACAGCCCGACUGGAAGUGGAGCCUGUACCAGCAGAAAAGGGGAAAAUUGGACCAGAUGUUCUGGGAAUUACUAUCAGCCCACCGGAGGGAGAGGGCAAAGGAGAGAAAAAACUACCUUACAUGGGUGAAGUGGGUACAGAGGAAUUCUUACAAAAGCUCACAACCCAAAUCACGGAAAUGGUAUCUGCAAAGUUCACUCAAGACAGCUUACAGAACCAUCAAGUGCUCCAGUGGAUGAAAUCUUGGCCCAAAGUAACCACUUCAUUACGUGUCCCCGGAGCUGACAGUGAUGAUGAAACAAAAACACCAUCACCAUCUCCGUAUCAUGGCAGAUCACGCCCCCCGUCUCUAAUUGUGGACUCAUCAUCCGAGUCUGAUGAAGGAGAUUCCAGAGGAGAGAUGUUUGAUAUCUACGUUGCGACGGCCGACUACAACCCCAUUGGUGUCAGUAAAGAGACCAUUGCUCUGAAAGAGGGCCAGUAUGUAGAAGUUCUGGAUUCGGCCCACCCACUUAAAUGGCUGGUCCGUACCAAGCCCACCAAAUCCACACCAUCUCGUCAGGGAUGGGUCUCACCUGCCUAUCUCGACAAGAGGCUUAAGCUGUCUGCAGAAUCAGCUGAUCUCCCAGAAACCACCAGAGAGGAAGUCACUGAGACAGAGUACAAGAAGAAGCUCUGUCAACUUGUCCAGGAGAUGAUCAACACAGAGACCGAGUUUCUAAAGGAGAUUGAGUUCUUCACGUCACAUCAUCUGAAACGUGUGGAUGAGGAGAGCACACCACCUGAUAUUGCCAGUCACAAGGAAGCAAUCUUUCGCAAUAUCAAUGAUUUGAAAUCCUUCCACAGCAGCUCUCUACUGCCUGGUCUGCGUGACUGUGAUACGGAUGAUGAUGUUGCCAUGCAUUUACUGAGAAAUUCUGAUGGUUUUGAGAAAUAUCUGCAGUACCUCAUUGGACAAGCUCAAGCAGAGUCUGCCAUCAGUGAGAAGGCAGUGCACCAAUAUUUCAAGGAUUAUACAGGAUCUGAGUUGGCAAAUGUUGAUCCCUCAGAAGGUGUUGUGCUGAGUAUUAAUGCUUAUCUUCAAAGGCCACUGGAGAGAAUCCAAAAAUACAGGGCAUUACUGAAGGAUAUGAUCCGGAACAAAGCAAGAAACGGUCAGAACUGCUGCUUGUUGGAGCAGGCCUAUGCCAUGGUGUCGUCUCUCUCCCAGCGCUCAGAUAACACACACCACGUGUCUCUCAUUGAGAACUACCCUGCCAAUCUGGAGGCACUGGGAGAAUCUAUUAGACAGGGGCCUUUCACUGUUUGGGAAGGUGCUCCUGGAAUUCGAACCUCUUCUAGAGGUCACCAUCGCCACGUUUUCCUCUUCAAAAAUCAUGUGGUCAUCUGCAAGCAGAAGAGAGACACAAAUACAGACAGCCAAACAUAUGUCUUCAAGAAUAUGAUGAAGCUAACAAACAUUGAUGUUAAUGAGACCGUUGAGGGAGAUGAGAGAGCGUUUGAGAUCUGGCAUGAACGUGAGGACUCCGUGAGAAAAUACACACUGCAGGCGCGCACUGUUAUCAUUAAGAAUUCGUGGCUCCGCGACCUUCGUGACCUUCAGCAACGCUACGGCAUGCCUGCAUGGAGCCCUCCCGAUUUUGACGCGGUAUUAACAGAUUGUACAGCAGAGCUCGGACAGACUGUUAAACUCGCCUGUAAGGUCACUGGUGUGCCCAAACCUCAGGUCAUGUGGUACAAAGAUGGUCGCGCCGUAGACGUGGAUCCUCAUCAUAUUAUUAUUGAGGACCCAGAUGGCUCCUGCACACUCAUUCUGGACAACAUGAAUGCAGACGACUCAGGCCAGUACAUGUGCUUUGCCACCAGCUCUGCGGGCAAUGCCAGCACACUAGGCAAAAUCACUGUGCAGGUGCCUCCACGUUUUGUAAAUAAGAUCCGGAAUGCCACCCUGUUUCCAGGAGAGGAUGCUCAGUUCUCUUGCACCAUUCAAAGUGCACCAAGUCCCAAGAUAAGAUGGUUUAAGGAUGGUAAACUACUGACAGACCAGGAGAAGUAUCAGACAUACAGUGAAUCACGCAGUGGAGUGCUGGUUCUAGUUAUCAAGAGCCCUGGAGAAAGAGACCUGGGGAAGUAUGAUUGUGAGCUGUCGAACCGCCUGGGCAGUGCCAGGUGUGCUGCACAGCUGAUCACUCCUGCUGUGGCGAUGGCGGGAGAACGGAGAGCAGAUCAGGCCAUCACUAUAGAAGUAAUGGAGCAAGAGACGAAAGCACCAAGGAAAACCAUAAUUAUUGAGGAGACCAUCACUACAGUGGUGAAGAACACUCGUAUGAAGCGGCAUGCAUCCCCACGAGGGUCUCCCAUGGGAGCGUUUCGCUCUGAGACAUCCACACCUGAACAACCCAGACAGAGACGAACACUGGCCAGGAAGACUGUACCGACACUGUACGUUCCAGAGCCCGAGGGUGCCACAGCCAGGAACCCUAGAUGGGUUGAAGUCGAGGAGAUAAUCGAGUAUAAAAUGAACAAAUCACCCAAGUUACCAAGGAGAAGGGGCGUUUCACCUGGCAAACUGGCACCACCUAGAAACCCAAACACCAAUAACUCCAACAACAAGUUAGUGGAGACAGCACCGAUGGGUGUGACUUUACAAGCUUCUACUAGUGUAGAUGAAGAGGACACUGCACAGAAUGUAACAUCAGGGGUCGACAACAUGCUGAUAACUGAAGAAAUGAUUGACCCAUGUGUUUCGGUUGACUCGGAUCUAGAUAUUGACGACGAAGGAACUAUUAUCGUGGAGUCAGAAGACGAUGAUUCCGAACUUGGUGCACGAGACUGCAAAAUACUGACCUGUGGAAAUCGAGUUCUCACUCUUGAAGACCUUGAGGAUUAUGUCCCUCAGGAAGGUGAAACUUUUGCUAGCGGCAAAGACCAGCACACCACUGUUGAAACACCUUGCGAGAUCUCCGUCUUGCAGAGAGAAAUUAAUCAGCCUGUCAUUGGCAAACCCAUCUUGUUGAAGGUCGGGCGUCCAGUGGCACCCGUAAAACCACGCAUGGGCUUCUUCAGCUCCUUCAAGGAGCAUGUUUCCAGCAUGUUUGCGGCAGGCACCUCGGCAAACACCAGCUCUAGGUCAAGUCGAGAGAAGGCCAUACCAAUUCAUGUGACAAGCGAACCUGCAUCCAACUAUUCACACCAUGCCAGUGCCGAAGGGCUCAACAGCUUUGCCAGGCUUGAGGUACAGCCAAUGUAUUGUUCUGAGGUCCAGAGAGGAAAAGAAGGAGGUCUGCAGAGCUUCAAAAUGCAGGUUUCUGCGCAGACUUGCAGCUACAUGCCAAGCAGUCAAGUCACUCUUCAGAUCCCAAAGAGGAACCCAUUUGAAAAGCAUUAACCGGGUAG